GCUCCCGCACUCGCCUCUCUGCCGCCUUCUCCUGGAACACAGGAGUUUAACUUCUGGCUGCGCGCGGGCAACUUAUUGACGUUAACGGUUCCGUGAUAAUCGAUUCGGGUGUAGGAAAACAGGCUCUGGUGAAUUCUUUUCGCGGUACCGUGAGCCGGAGAGCGAGCAGCGCGUGUACGGACCACAGUCCCAUCCCCGCCACCGUCGCACAGUGACAUUGACAUAUCAGUACGGUAGUGUAGCGCCGCCGCCGCCGCCGCACAAGUUAAUGUGAGAGCGGUAAGCUCCGGAGCGCGUUCCCCUGCAGUUCCCCCCAGCUUCAGACACAAUGAGCGAAUACUUCAGCCUGUCGGACUGCGACGUUAUCGGCUUCGACCUGGACCACACGCUCUGCCGCUACUAUCUGAAGGAGACCUCCAGGCUCAUCUAUGAGAGCUUUGCCAGGUAUCUGGUGGAGCAUAAAGGCUAUGACAAGGACCUGCUGAACCUAACCCCCGCUACCUGGGAUUUCUGUUUUAAAGGGCUAGUGGUGGAUCUGGAAGAUGGAAACCUUGUGAAGCUGGCUGAAGAUGGAACUGUCCUGCGAGCGACACAUGGAACCAAUGACCUCAGCACAGAAGAGAUCAUCAAACAUUAUGGUCCAAAGAGGGAGUGGAAGCACUUCAACAGCCUCAAUACCUCCUUCACAAGAUCUGCAAAAUACUAUUUCUAUGACAACUACUUUGAUCUACCUGGGGCUCUCCUUUGUGGAAGAGUUGUGGACAUGCUACAUAAGCGAGGAAAUGAGGUGAAUUCCGACUUUUGGAAAGACAUGGUUGCUGCCAUCGACCACAAUUACAACACAUCUGCAUUCAAAGAGGAUGCAGGGACGUACUUCCCCAGUGUGAAGAGGGAGCCGGGCCGGUACCUGCAGCCCUGCUCGGACUCCGUCAAGGCCUGGCUGCGCAGCAUGAAGAACGCUGGGAAGGUCCUCCUCCUCAUCACCAGCUCCCACAGUGAUUACUGCAGGCUCAUCUGUGAACACAUCCUGGGGAAGGAUUUCGAAGAGCUGUUUGACGUCAUCAUCACAAACGCCCUGAAGCCUGGUUUCUUCUCAUUGGUGCCCCAGCAGAGGCCCUUCAGGACCCUUGUGAACGACGUGGAGGACAGCGAGGGUCUGCCGUCGCUGGACAAACCCGGCUGGUACUCCCAGGGCAACUGGCCUCACCUCCACGAGCUGCUCAAGACCAUGACGGGGAAACCAGACCCCAAGGUGGUGUACUUUGGAGAUAGCAUGAGGUCGGACAUGUUCCCUGCCAGCAGCUUUGGGAAGUGGGAGACAGUGAUGAUUGUGGAGGAAAUGGAGGGGGAGGGUGUCCCGAAGAGCGACGCCGCGAUGUCCAAUGAGGCCCAAGUGGAGCCGCUGGAGAAAAAGGGAAAGUUUGAGGAGCAGGGCAUGAAGGCACCCUCUGCCGUGUCCAAGCAGUGGGGCUCCUACUUUGUGGACGUACACAGGAGUGGAGGAGGGGACGAGGAAAGCCAGAAACUGACUUGGUGCUGCCACUGCAUUCACAAAUAUAGCACCAUGGCUAUCCCUAGUGUGGAGCACAUAGCAGAUCUCCCUCUGGAUUACAAGUUCCCCAGGUUUUCUCCCGACAAGCCCUGCACCACCGGCUACUACCCCAGGCCCCCGGAUUCCUUGCUGAAGAGGUGCGAGAGUUUGUCAUAAAAAAGAAAAGGAAAAAGUUUGGGAAAAAAGUCCUCCCUUACCCCUCUGCCUCAGGAGAGGAAUGUGCCUCCAUUCUUGCCUGUAGUUUCCCACCUGACCCCGCCGCCAUCUGUGGAGCACAGGAAGCAUACACUCCUCACCUAUUCAGAGAAACCAUGUGAAUGUAAGCCACAGUAUCUCUCUGUAAUAACGCCUACAUUUGAACGUUGUUUCGUGGUUUAGUGUACUGUACACGUGGAAAUACGACAUAAUAAGUGUGUGUGUGUGUGUCUGCAUACAGUAAUAAUAGAAAAUGUAGUGUUUUUAUUGUUUCAUGUGUGAGGCCGCUGUUAUUUUUAAUGGUAAAUCCGAUUUCUUCUAACUUUUCCCAAAUAAACUGAACAUUUUAUCGUCUCUUUAUCCCUGAAGUGAUUACCUCAAGAACGUUAUCCGCUAUAAGCAGUACGCAGAUGGUCACAGUGUGUUUGUUCCCUAAAAACCCCUUUGGAAUCAUUGUGUCGGUAUUUCUGUAUAACACUGUUAUUGUGAAGUCUUCUUCUUUUCAAUAUAGUUUUACCGUAUGCGUUUUAGUAACCUUAACAUGAGGUUUAAGGUCUAAUGUUUCCCUCGUGUCAGUUUCGUAGAGGGUGUUGAUCUUCAGGUCAUUGUUGCUAAGUAACUGGCACAAUGCUGUCCUUUUGUGUUGGCUGUUUCAAAAAACACAACUUUGGGAAACAACAAUAAUAAUAAUAAUAAUAAUAAUAAUAAUGAUAAUAAUGGAUGAUGAAGACUAUGCUAGAUGUUCUCUGUAUUAUUUUUGGUGCAACAGUAACAUGUGCUUUUUGAGUGAUUGUGUAAAAAUGUGGACUACUUGUGCUUCAUUCAUAUGCAGUAUCAGAUUGAGAUAUGCUUUAGCCGACUUCUGAAUGGUUAUUUUGUCGGUGUGCAUAGACAAGUUGUGCCAUAAUAUUUAGGGAACACUCAGUUUGGGAGAAAUCUGUGGAAGCCUGUUGCUGUCACAGAAGAUUGAUUUCUGGUUUAUCUCUGUGCAUCUGGGAAGUGUUUAGCCUGGCUUAGAACUAAGACUGGACCACAGAAAAACUGUUAUCCUCUGUCCAACAUGGAAAAAUACAACUUGCGACAACUCUACAACUUAAAAUGUUUGUUCUUAAGAGCUACCAAGCUUGUCACAAAGAUGAGAGCUCCAAAAGUUACUUGGGUUCACUUGACUGCAGAGUUAGAGGUCUCCACUAGUUCACUUGACUGAGAACCGAGCUGGGAGCCCAGUUGUGCCAGGUCCAAACUGUAUUCUGUCUAACUGGGUACGGUUGCAGUCCCGUUCCAUUCCUCAGUUUUGGGUCUGCAUGUCAAUAUGUAUAACUGGAUCUAAGCGUUCUCAGUAAUAGCUAUCAUCUGUUUAGGUCAGUUCAGGUCGGUGCCAUGCCAUUGUUCACCCAUUAUUCCGAAACCCCGAGAGUCUAAAUGUACUAAACCAAACCAAGUAGUCUUGUUGCCUGAACCUAACCAUACUGCAACCGUUCCGUAAUGUUAACCAAAUGUUUAUUAUUGUUACCAUGACAAUGAAGGUCAACUGAUGUUUGCACAUCAAAAUACAGUAAGAUUUUAAUCUUAAUUCAUAUUUUAGGAACAGCAGGCCUUCAGGGCAGUGGGCUUUUGUUUUUGGGAUAAUGGGCUGACGGACCAAUGGGACAGUUCUCAGAUUAUUAGGGUCUCAGAAUAAUGGGCCUUCCCCCUUCAGGUUGACUGCAUUUUGGCUCAGGUCUAAUUAUCCUUGGGUCUGUUCAGAUGAAGUCUGAAUGUCCUUGGGCAGUUGGGUCUCUUAUUAUAGAGUUCUGUUUUGGAUUGGGUCUAAAAUGUUCGAUACAAUUCUGAUGAAAGUGUGGUAACGGGUCCCAGAGAGGACAUUUGAGAUGCUACAUGGUAGGGCUGUCACUUUUUCAAAAAGUCAAAUUCAAACAAAUGUUAGCAAACUGCUUUACCUUUGUCCAUGAGUUUUCAAUGCCAAAUCCAGAAUUCUUCCAUGUUACUUCUCAGAUGGUUUGCAGUCAUCUGUUACUCCAUUUUGUGUUAGCUAAGGCGACAACAGCCUAAUUUGCUGAGGGCCUGGCAAUAGAACAGACCAUGCAUCUUACAAACACAAUGUUCAAGGUACAAAGUUUCAGAGAGAUCGUUACAUGCCUAACACUUUCUUUUGUUCAGUGCCUGAACUGUAGUUUGAAUUACAUUUUGACAGAGCCAGACUAGCUUCUUGGCUAGCUGCUUGCUAGUUUGCUUUCUAGUUUCUUUUAGUCUUUGUGCUAAGCUGGACUAAACAUCCUAAGAUAAUACUGGUUUCAAUCUUCUCAACUGGCUUUGAGCAACACAUCACAUAAGAAGAUUUCCCAAAUGUGGAAGUGUUCCUGUAAGAUGACCUUCAUCUCACAAAUAGAGAGGGAAUACAAGUGUCGGCAUGUAAGUGAGGUUGUUCAUCCAAAGUGAAUUAUUACUUGUGCUGUGUGUGCAAGUGUUUUAUGCAUACAGCUGUUGUGAUUGUACUAUUCUUUUCUCAUCCAACCUGGAAAAUUUGACAUGCACAUUUGCCUUAUGUUGGAUUCAUUUGUGGUCUUAAGUUCUUUAAAAGCACAGGGAAAGUUCAAUUGUGUUCCAGUGUUGAAUUACUGUCAGUUAAAUAAAAUGUUCUACAAUUUUCUUAUA